AUGCUGCGCCCACUGCUGCUCGCCGCGCUCUGCCUGGCCGGCCGGCCGGGCCCCGCCCGCGGCUGCCAGCUGCCCACCGAGUGGAGACCCCUGAGCGAGGGCUGCCGCGCCGAGCUGGCCGAGAUCAUCGUGUACGCCAGGGUGCUGGCGCUGCACCAGGAGGUGCCUGGCCUCUACAACUACCUGCCCUGGCAGUACGAGGCCAGCGAGGCGGGGCUCUUCUACUCCGCCGAGAUCGAGAUGCUGUGCGACCAGGCAUGGGGCAGCAUGCUCGAGGUCCCCGCCGGCUCCAGGCUCAACCUCACCGGCCUGGGCUACUUCUCGUGUCACUCCCACACCGUGGUCCAGGACUACUCCUAUUUCUUCUUCCUCAGGAUGGAUGAAAAUUAUAACCUCUUGCCUCAUGGAGUCAAUUUCCAAGAUGCCAUCUUUCCAGACACUCAAGAGAACAGAAGGAUGUUUUCCAGCCUUUUCCAGUUUUCCAACUGCUCCCAAGGUCAGCAGCCGGCAACCUUCUCCAGUGACUGGGAGAUCCAGGAAGACAACAGGCUCAUGUGCUCCUCGGUGCAGAAGGCCCUGUUUGAGGAGGAGGACCACGUCAAGAAGCUGCAGCAGAAGGUGGCCACCCUGGAGAAACGGAACAGGCAGCUCCGGGACCGGGUGAAGAAGGUCAAACGGUCCCUGCGGCAGGCGCGCAAGAACGGCCGCCACCUGCAACUGGUGAACCAGAAGCUCAGCGAGAAGCUGGCGGCCACGGCGGGAGCCCUCCCGCACAUCAACGCCCUGGGGCGGGAGCCCGCAGGCAGCACCUACCUGCGGGGAUAGGGCCACGCCGCCUCACCUCCCGCCAGGGAAGGGCGGUGAGGAUGCUGCUGGACGUGCCCGUUUUUCAGAUCUCGUAAAAGAUACUUUCACUAUGCGUUGGGUAGCGUCUAGCUGGUUGGAAGGGUAAGGCUUGCUGCCCCGACCUGGCCUGGUCAGACACGGAGCUUGGCAGUCCAGAGGCAGCACCAUCCGGAGGCCGUGUCCUGCCUGGGGCCUGUCCUCAGCUUCCGGGGGCAGCCUGCAAAGCGCAGAUAUCGGGGAAAGAACACUUUAGACGCUAGACGUAGGAGACUUCAAGGAGCGUGGCCUUUCUUUCAGGAGAGAAGGCAGUGUGGUCUCAGCUCUGAGCUGCAGAACUAACUACUAGUCCGGAGCAGUGGGGCCGUCUGGGGUCUCAUUUUCCAGAUCUUCGGAAGGAAGACGGUGGCCGUCCCAAACAUGCUCGUUACAACAUGCGGGGUGUCCCUAUUCCAGCCAGCAUUCUCUCACAGCCGAGGCACGUUAGACUUAAUGAGCUCAGCACAGGUCAUUAAGAGAGAGAAAUUAUACCCACUUUCCAGUCCCGGCUCCCCAGAGCUGCAGAGGACGUCUAAGGGUCACUUUCAUCAACAGGGACAUGGCCUUUGUGGGCCUGUCAGGUUGCAUCGCACCACAUUCCGAGGUUGGAAAAUCCUGAGUAGCAUCUCAGCUCCUUCUAAAUUUUAACUUAGUUUGCUUGGUAAUUUCUUCCAACUUUUCCAGAUCCACGGUGAGCUGUUCCAAUACUCCGUGGACUUCUGUAAAGACGCCUCCUUAUGUAUCUUCUCCAGGC